CCCAAGGCGUGGAAUAUUCCAGACUGUUGGUUUCUUCCAACUUCACUCUGAUUGGUCAGUUUAGGCAAGAGGAAAUAAAACAUUGAUGUUCCUCUUCAUCAGCUUGUGGAUGCUGUGGUAGCUGUGUGUGCAGCUUUUUGGGCCUAUAAAUAGUAGAGGGACUAACAACCUGCCAACAUGUCAAGCAAAAGGGCCAAGGGAAAGAACACCAAAAAGCGUCCUCAGCGUGCCACCUCCAAUGUGUUUGCCAUGUUUGAUCAGUCUCAAAUCCAGGAGUUCAAAGAGGCUUUCAACAUGAUCGACCAAAACAGGGACGGCUUCAUCGACAAAGAAGACCUUCAUGACAUGCUGGCCUCAUUAGGUAAGAACCCCACAGAUGAGUACCUGGAGGCCAUGAUGAAUGAAGCACCUGGCCCAAUCAACUUCACCAUGUUCCUGACGAUGUUCGGAGAGAAGCUGAACGGCACAGAUCCCGAGGAAGUGAUCCGUAAUGCUUUCGCCUGCUUCGACGAGGAGGGCACAGGUGUGAUUCAGGAGGAGUUCCUGCGGGAGCUGCUCACCACUAUGGGCGACAGGUUUACAGACGAAGAAGUGGACGAGCUCUUCCGCGAGGCGCCCAUUGAUAAAAAGGGCAAUUUCAACUAUGUAGCAUUCACACGUAUUCUGAAACACGGUGCAAAGGAUAAGGAUGACUAGUGGGUUCAUUCUUUACUCCAUGUCUAUGUUUAAUGAGUUUCCAUUCAAGUUAGGAAAGCUAUGUCCUGUAAUUUGGCGCAUGACAAAGCUUUACUGUGGUCUACUUUACUGAAGCUCAUUUGUUUAAGCUGCUUUUUGGACCUCUGGGUCCCUCCAACCAAUCCUACUUUGAAAGCUUGUUUGCACAUCUGUGAUAACACUACUAGGGGGUCUCUAUAAGCUAGUGGAGAUGUAUAAAAAGACCCCCAUGGAUAAAGCUGGAAAUAAACUGACACCAGAUGUCUGUUAUUGCAAAUGAAUCAGCUGUAUUUUAUAGAAUAAGCGUGGAGAUUAAAAUGUAUUCUGAGACGAAUCACCAGUGCUCUUUAUUUUUUAAAAGUUUUAUCUUAAAACAGAAGAAUUCCAUAUGAUGCAUCAGUCUUAGCACAAGAUUCAAAGAUACAUGAACACUCAGGAUCAGCCACUGGAUUUAUUAAAGGUGCUUGCUUUCUUAGGAUUCUUGAUGUUGAAUAUAGUACAUGCAAUAUAUGGACACUCCUGCAGUACUAACCUUUUCUUUUUCUUUUUUUUUUUUGUUUUGUUAUACUUGUAUGAGCUAGGGCUGCAGAAGGUGGUAAGAUAUAAUUUUGUUGUUAUUGCUCUGGGCCAAUCAUUCAUUUUAAAACCCAAAUAAAUUUUGCUUAUCAUCACAAAUGAUGAAGAAAAUUUGCCAGUCUCACAAGGGCCAGACUCAUAUUGGAAAAUCCAUUCAUCAGUUUUCUUAACCAAUUUUCACAAUUCACGGUCAUGGGGAUGGGAGGCAGGGUACGCCUUAUACAGGUCGCUAGUUGAUUGCUUGUUCUCAAAAGACAGCAUGGCAGGUAAAAGCCAGGGAACAGUGACCCAUUCAGACCCAUAAGGACAAUAAAUGUUUAUCACACAACAUAAUAAGCCUCUUGUGGCCCAAUGGGAGGAAUCCACUAUCCUGAGUGGAUAUUGCUUUUUGGAACUUCCCCAAUUAAACAGUGUGUCUAUAUAUUUCUGAUCAUAAAUCAUUCACUGCAGCUUGUGCACAAUGAGGAACAAAACUCAUUAUGUUUUAGAGACAUACAGGGCAACAAACGGGGCAUUUUUAGAUAUUUGGCAUUGACAUCUCUUUUAACUAAUUAAAAUUGCAUCUGAUCCAUUUCCUGCAAGUUCAUGGUUAAAGUUUCUCAGACGGCACUUCGUAUCUGUCUUGAACCAGGAGGAUUUGCUUGUGUUACGUAUCCAACAUCAUUCCUGAUAACCAGCAUCCUUCUUUCCACUUGAUCAUUUGCUUCACACCAGCAAUAAAUAAA